UGUUUAAAACUACUAAAAUAUAUUUAAGGCAAAUAGUUUUUUUUUUCAAUAAGAAAACAAGGAAAAAGAGAGUCCAGCCUGAUUCUGUAAGCCUGCCUAAUGGAACCUUCCACCAUAAUUAGUGCUUACCACCUCUGAGGGGAGGAGCUUAACUGAGGGCAACCUUGUGCAGUAAGGGAAAACAGCAUAAAUACCCCAGGGCAGCUCUGCACAGGGCAUCUCCUGGGCAUCUCCUGUGCAGAGCAUCUCCUGCACUGCUUGUCUGGGCACAGGAAGUUCAGACAGCUGCCAAGGCACCACCUCUAGGAGCCCCUAGCACCCGGGUAAGACAUGGAGUGGGCAGUCACUGGCAGACCGUCAAGUGUUGGCUUGCUUGCAAAUAAGUUUCAAUAAAUUAACUACUUGAUGUUCUGUCAUAAUUUUUACAAACUGCCUUCUACUAUAAUCUCUAAGAAAGGUUUAUUUGUACCAGUCUAUACAAUUCUAAAAAAUCCCUGUUGUAGUAAUCUGAAUUUUAGUGCAUUUUAAAACUACUAGGUAUUUCAGGGUGUUAAAUAUCCUGAAUUACUUAAUGGAGGGAUCCAAUGAUGAUUUGUUUGCCUGUUUGUAAAUCACUUUAUUUUUACUUGAUUCUUUGAAUGGCGCUUCCAAAAGUAACAAAGACCUAUACUCACAGGACUAAAAAAACUCAUUAAUUUAUGGAAUAUAUUAAAAAUAUAAAGGACUGGCUAAAAAUGUAGAUUACCAUAUGAAGAGUUCACCUGUGCAGCACUGAAAAAAAAAUAUGUCAAGAAAAAAACUAAAUGAAAUACUGUCCUUCUGUUUUUCAGAAUCCACCUGAGAAUAUGCUGCCACAAAUAGCCCUUCGGCUGCUAAUGUCGUUGAUCUUGGUUCAUGGAGAGUUUUAUGCUAAGCGAUACCAAACACCCACAGGCAUAAAAGGCCCACUGCCCAACACCAAGACCCAGUUCUUCAUUCCCUAUACCAUACGGAGUAAAGGUAUAGCAGUAAGAGGAGAGCAAGGUAUUCCUGGCCCACCAGGCCCUGCUGGACCUCGAGGGCACCCAGGUCCUUCUGGACCACCAGGAAAACCAGGCUAUGGAAGUCCUGGACUCCAAGGAGAGCCAGGAUUGCCGGGACCACCGGGACCGCUGGGCACUGGGAAGCCAGGUUUGCCAGGACUCCCAGGAAAACCAGGGGAGAGAGGACCAUAUGGACCAAAAGGAGAUGUUGGACCAGCUGGUUUACCUGGACCAAGGGGCCCACCAGGGCCACCCGGAAUCCCUGGCCCAGCUGGAAUUUCUGUGUCAGGAAAACCUGGGCAACAAGGACCUGUGGGUGCCCCUGGACCCAGGGGCUUUCCUGGGGAAAAGGGUGUACCAGGGGCCCCAGGUGUGAAUGGACAAAAAGGGGUAGCAGGAUAUGGUGCUCCUGGCCAUCCAGGUGAGAGAGGUCAUCCAGGCCCUCAGGGUCCCAUGGGACCACCUGGCCCUCCUGGACUGGGAAAAAGAGGUGAACAUGGGUUUCCAGGACAGCCAGGCAUCAAAGGUGAUCGGGGUUUUCCAGGAGAAAGGGGAUCAACUGGCCCACCAGGUCCCCAAGGUCCUCCUGGGGGACGAGGACCAGAAGGCAUCGGAAAGCCAGGAGCCCCUGGAACCCCAGGCCAGCCAGGGAUUCCAGGAACAAAAGGCCAACCUGGGAUUCCAGGAAUAGCUGGACACCCUGGGGCCCCUGGUUUUGGGAAACCAGGCUUGCCAGGUCUGAAGGGACAAAGAGGACCUGCUGGACUUCCAGGGAGUCCAGGAGCCAAAGGGGAACAAGGGCCAGCAGGUCAUCCUGGGGAACCAGGUCUGCCUGGGUCCCCUGGAAGUGUGGGACCUCAAGGACCAAAAGGCAUCCCAGGCAACCAUGGUAUCCCAGGUCCUAAAGGUGAAACAGGGCCAAUCGGGCCUGCAGGACAUCCCGGGGCUCGGGGAGCAAAGGGUUCUCCUGGGUUAGAAGGAAAACCAGGGUACCCCGGAGAGGCAGGUCUCAGUGGUGCUCAGGGUAACCCAGGGUUACCAGGUCCCAAAGGCAAUCCUGGAGCUGGAGGACCUCCUGGUCCCCCAGGCCCUACAGGCCUCACAGGAGCUAAGGGGGUCCCAGGACACGAUGGAGAAGCUGGUCCAAGAGGUGUCCCUGGCACACCAGGUACCAGGGGCCCCAUUGGGCCACCAGGCAUUCCAGGAUUCCCUGGGUCUAAAGGUGAUCCUGGAAAACCAGGUCCUCCUGGGCCAGCUGGCAUAGCAACUAAAGGCCUUAAUGGACCUACUGGACCACCAGGGCCUCCAGGUCCAAGGGGCCAUGAUGGGAAGCCUGGUAUUCCAGGGCCUCCAGGGCCACCAGGCCCCCCAGGACCCCCAGGCCAGGCAGUCAUGCCCGAGGGAUUUACCAAGGCAGGCCAAAGGCCAAGUCUUUUGGGGACACCUUUUGUCAGUGCCAACCAAGGAGUGACAGGAAUUCUUGUGUCUGCUUUUACUGUUAUCCUUUCCAAAGCUUACCCAGCAAUAGGUGCUCCCAUUCCAUUUGAUAAGAUUUUGUAUAACAGGCAACAGCAUUAUGACCCAAGAACUGGAAUCUUUACCUGCAGGGUACCCGGAAUAUACUAUUUCUCCUACCAUAUGCAUGUGAAAGGGACUCAUGUUUGGGUAGGCCUGUAUAAGAACGGCACCCCCAUAAUGUACACCUAUGAUGAGUACACCAAAGGCUACCUGGAUCAGGCCUCAGGGAGUACCAUAAUCGAUCUCACAGAAAGUGACCAGGUGUGGCUUCAGCUACCCAAUGCUGAGUCAAAUGGCCUCUACUCCUCUGAGUAUGUCCACUCCUCCUUCUCAGGAUUCCUGGUGGCUCCCAUGUGAGCACACAUCCUCCCCCCGCCCCCAAACAAAUCUAAAUCUUCUGUGUGAAAAGGCAUUCCCAAACUCCAUCCCACCCCACAAAAUGCAAUGGAGGUAGGCUGAAAAUAUUUAAACAUCUCACCAUAAAAGUCCUGCUAUAGUGGAAAAAAAAAAAAAAAUCACAAAAAACCAAA